UUUAACCGGUUGCUUUUGUUCAUGUCUAAAACCCUAAGUUGAGAGUUUCUCUCUGCUUAUGUAUAGAUUUUUGGUACUCGCUCUCUCUUUUUUCCCUAGACCAAGUGCUUAGAUUAGCUUUUUGGGAACAGUUUUGACAAGGUAGUUUUGACCCGAAAACACUCAUUCCCAAUCGGUAACAGGCCAACAUAUGCUAUUUUUCCCCCCAUAGUUUUGGGCCCCGAAAUCGCGUUUUCAGUCCCAUUUUUGUUAGAAAUCUACACGGACUUAAAUUCAAGUUUUAGUCUAGGUUAGAAGUCUAAACGGACUCCAAUUGUUCAAUUUUGGUAUUAGUAGUUUUUAGUGAUUAGGUUUCUUAUAGCUUUCCUUAUGAUAUUUGGUUUUCUUAUGCCAUUUGUAGAACAAAAUUAAUUAUUAAUAAUAUUUUUAGUGUUCUUUUGGCCUAUACUUUGUGGAUUUAAAGUUGUUUAUUGUUCAUAUUGUUCUAGCCCGUCACUUACCUUCUCGUUCCUAAUAUCUCUCUCACACUUUGAUUAGCAAAUUUCUCUCUUCUGAUUAUUCAUGUGAUGUUGUGGCCUGAAUUUUGUUUCAAAUUGAGUUGUGUUGUGAUCCUCCUUUUGACCGAAAAAUGAGUUUUGAUCCAAUUUUUUUGCUUGAGCAUCAUGGAUCAUGUUUAGAACUAUCUUGUAGUCCGGUAUAUAAGGGGCAUUUAGGAUUUGGAGUGGGAUAAGGAGAGACAUUGAAAAUCGCAAUAAAGAGAGUGAGUGAGUGAGUGAGAGCUAGAGUUUUGGGAUUGAAAGUUGUAAUUUUCUAUUUUCCGUAUACUGAAAUCUUUCAUCGGAUCAUCACCAUGGACGUAGGUACAACUUGUGCUGAACCACGGUUGAAUUUCAGAACAAAGAAUUUUAAACUACCAAUUGUAAAAUGAAGAUGGCAGUAUUGCGGGGUGGGAAGGAUUGUGAUAGACAGGAGAAAGAAAAUAACACUUCUUUGUGCAGGGGAGGGGUGAUUGAGCCAAGACUAUCUAUUUUUGGCAAAUUUGCUGAUUUGGAGAUGUUAUCUUGGAUAAGACGACUUGCUCUGGAUCCUUGUAAUUCAGGGAUAUCAAUGGCUAAAAUUCGACCAUUAUGGAAUCAGACUCUGAAAGUACGAAAAAUUAUGGAGCUGAGUGAUAAAGAAUGUCCUCAGAGAAAGCGAAAACUGCAUCAAUUUCUAAAAGAGAAGUUCCCAAAUGCACGUGGAUUGGCUUCAGAAAUGUCUGUUCAGCAAAAUGUCACAAAAUUGAGUAGAGGGCAUUUAUCUCAUGCCUCUUCAGUUUCAUGCUUGCUCAAUAUGGUUGACCAUAAUGAAAGUUUUAACCAGAAAAUUGUCUCGAACUCCCGCAGUUCAGGCAGCUUACUGACAUUUGAGGAUAAUCUUCCAGAAAAUGCUGUACCUUCUGAAUUCUCCUUUCUAGAUAAGGUAUCACACUGGAGUGUACCUAACGAGAAUAUCUCUCCCUCAGCUGAUUCUGAUGAGUCAUUCAGUGGAUCAAACCCAUCAAGUCGCGAGACCCUCUUCGACUCACCCUCACUGGAUUUUGACGACUCGGUUCACAGUUCAAACACCUCAAGUUCCAAGGAGCUAAAGCAAAUGAAUGCUCAGGCACCUCGACGGUCAAUCAGGUUACUGAACUUCAUUGGUGAUCACCUUCAAAGAAUGGUUAUUCCAGUUGGUCCCCGUUUCCAAGCUGAUGUUCCAGACUGGACUGGACCAGUGAACAUGGGAAAACUUAAUGGUGGAAAUGCUGAUUCCGAAAACUUAAGGUGGUUGGGCAUCCGAAUUUGGCCCAUGGAAGGCACAAGUACAGGAAUUGAUGCAGGAGCAGUUGGAAAAGGUAGACCUGACUCUUGCUCAUGUGUCUCUCCAGGAUCCACUGAUUGCAUUAAACACCACAUUUCUGAGGAACGGCUCAGGCUGCAAUCUGAUCUUGGUCCUGCUUUCUUGUGUUGGAAGUUCGAUGAGAUGGGAGAAGAAGUUUCCGAAGCAUGGACAUUGAAGGAACAAAAGAACUUUGAGUCACUUAUGAAAAAGUAUCCACCAUCAAAUGGAAAGAAUUUUUUGCAGAAUGCCUUGAAGUGCUUCCCAUCCAAGUCAAAAGAGCGCAUUAUAAGUUAUUUCUUCAACGUGUUCAUUCCUAGGCGAAUAAGCCUGCAGACCAAGAAAUUCGUAAAACAAAUCGACAGUGAUGAUGACGAGGCAGAGGAUGUCAAUUGUACGUACUUACAGGAAAAAUGUAACGGUAGGAGCACUAUCAGAGGCAAUUCUAAAGAUCUGAAGACUCGAUACUUGCGUGGGCGUUCUUGAUUGCUUGGAAGUUAACAGUUUAAACCCAUUGCAAUCAUUCAAGUUCAGAAGGUUAUUUUUGUGGACCUGAUAUUGCAGCCAUUCUUUUCAAGUAACCAUAUAUUAAUCCCAUUGCAACAAAUUGAGUUCAGAAGGUUGUUUUGCAGCGAUCCUUUUUCUAGUAUACCUCAGCAGUGUUGCGUGUACUUCACAAGAAAUUAGAUCAACAUAUUAACUCUUAGAAAAUUUCCCAUUCCCAUGGCUACUUUUGUGGGGGGUAGUGCAUCUCUCCCUUUCCCUCUCCUCUGCAGUUUUGUUUGUAGCAUCUGUGUUUGUAUGAUUUUGAUGUUUGAACAUUUCCAGUCAUGGAAUUUAAAAUACAAAGUGUUUGAGUGGUUCAUCGAUA